CGUCACUGUUCCAGAAAGAAUCCUCUUCUCCAGAGGUGGUGGUCGCUACAGGUUUCUUCCCCAAAGCAGUGAUGAUCACCUGGAGGAAGGACGGAGAGGACGUGCAUGAGGACGUGGAGCUCAGAGAGACGUUACCCAACCAGGAUGGAAGCUUCCAGAAGAGAAGCAUUCUGAAAGUCCCAGCUGAGGAGCUGCAGAAACACACCUACACCUGUGUGAUUCAGCACAGCAGCUUGGAGAAGAAGGAGUUAGUGCUGAAUGUGAGCGAGCGACAGAUCCUGAAAGGCACACACUCUCUACAGUAUUUCUACACUGUAGUUACAACAGAAAUGAAUUUCCCAGAGUUCACUGCUGUGGGUUUGGUGGAUGGAGGACAGUUUGUGUACUACGACAGUAACAUCAGGAGGAUGAUCCCAAAGACAGAGUGGAUACAGAAGAUGAAUUAUGAUGAUCCAGAUUACUGGAAUAGAGAGACACAGAAGCUACAGGGUUCUGAGGAGAUCUUCAAAGUCAAUGUGGAUAUACUAAUGAUGCGCUUUAAUCAGACAACAGGAGUUCACUCAGUGCAGCUGAUGUACGGCUGUGAGCUGGAUGAUGACGGAACUGUUAGAGGAUACAGACAGUACGGUUAUGAUGGAGAAGAUUACAUCAGUUUUGAUCUGAAAACUGUCACAUGGACUGCAGCUAAAUCACAAGCUGUGAUCACCAAGAACAAGUGGGAUCCUGAUCCUGGUAUGACUGUGGCCCGGAAGAACUACCUGGAGAACAUCUGUAUCAAGUGGUUAAAAAAGUAUGUGUCUUACGGCAAAGAGACUCUGGAGAGGAAAGUUCGUCCUGAGACAUCACUGUUCCAGAAAGAAUCCUCUUCUCCAGAGGUGGUGUGUCACGCUACAGGUUUCUUCCCCAAAGCAGUGAUGAUCACCUGGAGGAAGGAUGGAGAGGACAUGCAUGAGGACGUGGAGCUCAGAGAGACGUUACCCAACCAGGAUGGAAGCUUCCAGAAGAGAAGCAUUCUGAAAGUCCCAGCUGAGGAGCUGCAGAAACACACCUACACCUGUGUGAUUCAGCACAGCAGCUUGGAGAAGGAGUUAGUGCUGCAUUUGAGGAACAAGCAACAGAUCCUGAAAGUUCGUCCUGAGACAUCACUGUUCCAGAAAGAAUCCUCUUCUCCAGAGGUGGUAUGUCACGCUACAGGUUUCUUCCCCAAAGCAGUGAUGAUCACCUGGAGGAAGGAUGGAGAGGACGUGCAUGAGGACGUGGAGCUCAGAGAGACGUUACCCAACCAUGAUGGAAGCUUCCAGAAGAGAAGCAUUCUGAAAGUCCCAGCUGAGGAGCUGCAGAAACACACCUACACCUGUGUGAUUCAGCACAGCAGCUUGGAGAAGGAGUUAGUGCUGCAUGUGAGCGAGCGACAGAUCCUGAAAGAUCCUCAAGAGGAGAGGAAAUGAUGAUGAUGAUGAUGAUGAUGAUGAAAUGGAUUAUUCCUAUGUUGUGUAUUCUUCUGUCAGUCAGUGAGGCAGGGUAAUAUGUCUACAUCAUAUCACACACUGUUUAGAAAUGAUUAUGAACCUUGAAACUGAUGAAUGUUCUGCUGCUGGAUGAUUUAUAACAUGUAGAACAUCACAUUUACAGAAUAUAGAAUUGCUUCUGGCUUUUUUUAAUAUAUAAACCUUGUAUCACUUUCUCAGUUUGUUUUUCACCAUAAUAAAAUCUUCCGGUGCAAACUGUAUUUUAAGAAAAUGAGAAAAUAACAGCUUUGUAAAGACUCUGGCAAGAAAACUGCAACUGUGUGAAAUCUUUAACUCUGUGUCGCAUUUCAUUUAUUUGUCUUGUCAAUAAAUCAUUUUUAUUCAGCUAUUCCAAUUA